AUGAACUCCAGCGGCCCGGGUUACCCGCUCGCCUCGCUCUACGCGGGCGACCUGCACCCCGACGUGACUGAGGCCAUGCUCUACGAGAAGUUCUCGCCCGCUGGCCCCAUCCUGUCCAUCCGCGUGUGCCGCGACGUGGCCACCCGCCGCUCGCUGGGCUACGCCUACAUCAACUUCCAGCAGCCGGCCGACGCGGAGCGGGCACUGGACACAAUGAACUUUGAGGUGAUCAAAGGCCAGCCCAUCCGCAUCAUGUGGUCCCAACGAGACCCAGGACUUCGCAAGUCGGGUGUCGGCAACAUCUUCAUCAAGAACCUGGAAGACUCCAUUGACAACAAGGCCUUGUACGACACCUUCUCCACCUUUGGGAACAUCCUCUCUUGCAAGGUGGUGUGUGAUGAUCAUGGCUCCCGAGGCUUUGGCUUUGUGCAUUUUGAGACCCACGAGGCUGCACAGAACGCCAUCAGCACAAUGAACGGGAUGCUGCUGAAUGACCGCAAAGUCUUCGUUGGCCACUUCAAGCCCCGACGGGAGCGGGAUGCAGAGCUGGGAGCUCGGGCCAUGGAGUUCACCAAUAUCUACGUGAAGAACCUCCACGUGGACGUGGAUGAGCAGUGCCUGCAGGACCUCUUCUCCCAGUUUGGGAAGAUACUGAGUGUCAAGGUGAUGAGGGAUGAUGGCGGCCACUCCCGCGGCUUUGGCUUUGUCAACUUUGAGACGCAUGAGGAAGCCCAGAAGGCUGUGAUGGACAUGAACGGGAGGGAGGUGAGUGGACGGCUGCUCUACGUAGGCCGGGCCCAGAAGCGGGUGGAGCGGCAGAAUGAGCUGAAGCGCAGGUUCGAGCAGAUGAAGCAGGACCGGCUGACCCGUUACCAGGGCGUGAACCUGUAUGUGAAGAACCUGGAUGACUCCAUCGAUGAUGAGAAACUGAGGAAAGAGUUCUCUCCCUAUGGAGUCAUCACCAGUGCCAAGAAGAGGCGACAAAGGCCGUGA